GCCUCGCCCGCACGGAAGCCGCAAUCGCUUCGGGUCGGGGCGCCAAGAUGGCGUCCUCCGCCUCCGCUCGCGCUCCCGCGGGGAAGCGAGUUGUGAAUCAGGACGAACUGCGGCGGUUGAUGAAGGAGAAGCAGCGUCUCAGCACCAACCGGAAACGGAUAGAAUCUCCAUUUGCGAAGUACAACCGUUUGGGGCAGCUGAGUUGCGCCCUGUGUAAUACGCCGGUGAAGAGCGAGCUCCUGUGGCAGACCCACGUUCUGGGAAAGCAGCACCGGGAGAAAGUGGCCGAGCUGAAAGGCGCGAGGGAAGCCACCCAGGGACCGUCCUCCAGCGCAGCGCCUCAGUCAGCCAAGAGGAAGGUGCCGGACGCCGAUGGCCAAGAUGCCAAAAGACUCAAGGCCUCCCCGCUGCCUCAGGUGCAACCCUCCACAUCCGCUUUGCCCACCAACUUUGACAAAGCAGGGAAGGAAUCCACCAGAGCGACCCUCAGUAAGGCUUCGGGACUCGGUUUACUCCCUGAUUAUGAGGAUGAGGAGGAGGAGGAGGAGGAGGAAGAGGAAGAGGGAGGAGGAGGGAAAGGAGGGGACUCGAGCAAGCCGCCGCCCGACGCACAGGGCAAGGACCACUCGCUUUCCUCCCCGAGGGAGGCAACAAGUAGUAUGCUGCCAAGCGGUUUCUCGGAUACAAAUCCCCCCAAGGCCCCCUUAAUUCCCCAUUCAGGGUCAAUUGAAAAAGCAGAAAUACACGAAAAAGUAGUGGAAAGGAGAGAAAACACAGCGGAAGCAUUACCAGAAGGCUUUUUUGACGACCCUGAGAUAGAUGCAAGGGUACGAAAGGUUGACGCCCCAAAGGAUCAAAUGGACAAAGAGUGGGACGAAUUUCAGAAGGCCAUGAGACAAGUCAAUACCAUUUCCGAAGCCAUAGUUGCUGAAGAGGAUGAGGAGGGACGGUUGGACCGGCAAAUUGGGGAGAUCGAUGAGCAGAUAGAAUGUUACCGUCGGGUGGAAAAGCUUCGGAAUCGCCAGGAUGAAAUAAAAAAUAAGCUUAAGGAGGUUCUGACUAUAAAGGAACUGCAGAAAAAGGAAGAGGAGAAUAUUGACAGCGAUGAUGAGGGAGAACUACAAGAUCUGCUGUCACAGGACUGGAGGGUAAAAGGGGCUUUGUUAUAGGGUUUCAAGACCCAAGAUUUUUACACCCUCUACAAUGGUACGAAAAGUGCUGUUUCUGGGUAUGAUUACUGGUUCCUUCGUGCGUGGAGAUUUGGUGACCUAACUGGGUUGUUGACAUACAAUGAGCCUGUGAAGAUAGCACUUUUGAAAAUUGGUGUAAAAUAUUUUUGAGGUGAGGUUGUUUUUGCAAUUUUUGAGCUAUUGUAUACUAAAAUGUCAACUUUUUUCACACGUUAAGUGAAUAAUUUUGCGUUGUCAAAUCUGUAAGCUGUAAAUAUUGUACCUCGUUAAAUAUAUAUUUACUUAAGUAAUUCUGUUUUGAAAUUUAUAAAUAAAUAGAAGCCAGGCUAACAGACAAGCUUUUAGAUAAAAACCAAGUGUGGCAUUUGGGAUAUAUGUGUUUUUUCUUUUCUGAUCCCCUAAAUCAACUCAACUUCCUGCAGCAGGAGGGUUUUGUAGAAAGGUGGGGAAGAGGGUUUGUUUUUUGCUUUUAAGAAUACUAUUUAUAAACACUAUAAGUCAUUCAGG